CCUCGGCACUCGAUUCGGUAAGGCAUCGCUAACGCGCAUGCUCCGUAGUAUCCCUCUCUCUUCUGUCUGUUCAUCAUGGCUCCGGUGAAAAAACAGAGUGCCAAGGGUGGCAAGAAGAAGAAACAGGUCCUUAAAUUCACCUUAGACUGCACACAUCCAGUGGAGGAUGGUAUUAUGGAUGCUGCUAACUUUGAGCAGUUUCUACAGGAGCGCAUUAAGGUGAACGGGAAGGCAGGGAACCUCGGCGGGGGCGUGGUCACCAUUGAGAGGAGCAAGAGCAAGAUCUGUGUGACCUCUGAGGUACCAUUCUCAAAAAGGUACCUGAAGUACCUGACAAAGAAGUAUCUGAAGAAGAACAACUUAAGAGACUGGCUCCGUGUGGUGGCCAACACCAAGGAGAGCUAUGAGCUGCGCUACUUCCAAAUCAACCAGGAUGAAGAGGAGGAGGAAGAUGAGGACUGAACCUUCUGUGUUUUUUCCUGAUUUUGUAUAUUGAAUAAAAAAACUAUAGUCA